GGGUAAAGCAAAGGAAGACAAAUAUGCCCACAGUGCUAUAUAUGUAGCUCUCCGGUGUAUAUAACGCAGGAGGAAUGGAGGAGCAAGUUUUCAACUGUGUGUAACAAAAAUAAGAUGAAAAUGAUGAUGUUCAUGAUGGAAGAUUUGUUGUCUAAACUAGGCCCUUCCCUUGCAACACUCGUGUUCAUUUGGACCUUAUACCAUAACUAUUUCCCAAAUCAACUUCGAACAUUCAUAGUUUGCCCUUUUCACAGAAUUUACGGAUUCUUCUACCCAUACGUGCACAUCACCUUCCGUGAGUUUGAAGCAGAGGAGCUCUUCGACAGGAGCAAAGUGUUCCUCUCUAUAGAGAGGUACUUAGGUCAGAACUCCACCUCAAAUGCUAAUCAACUCAUCGCUAAAGCCGCCAAAGACACCACCCAGCAGGUGGUGCUCAGCAUGGGCCACGGCGAGGUGGUGACAGAUGUUUACAGAAAUCAUGGGAAGGGUGAUGAGGAGGUGAAGGUGUGGUGGAGCUCCAACCAAAUACCUCCCAACAAACAGACUAUCAGUUACUUCCCUAGGGAGGAAGAGAAGAGAUUUUUCUCCUUGAAGUUUCAUAAGAAGAACAGAGAAAUCAUCACAAAGUCCUAUAUCAAGCAUGUGCUAGAGGAGGGGGAAGCGAUUGCUGUCAAUGACAGGAAGCUUAAGCUGUACACGAACAACAACAGUGAGUAUUGGCGUGGGCGGAUGAGCACCAAAUGGAGCCAUGUCAUCUUCAAGCAUCCUUCCAACUUCACCACACUAGCCAUGGAGCCAAGCCGGAAACAAGAGAUUAAGGAUGAGCUUCUCAACUUUAAGGCCUCAAAGGAGCUUUAUGCUCGGAUAGGCAAGGCGUGGAAACGCGGGUAUCUCCUCCACGGUCCGCCUGGGACAGGAAAGUCAAGCAUGGUUGCCGCCAUGGCCAAUCUUAUGCAGUAUGACGUGUAUGAUCUCGAGUUGACGUCUGUGAAGGAUAACAAUGAGCUUAGAAGGCUCUUGAUAGACACUUCAGGUAAGUCCAUCAUAGUCAUUGAAGAUAUCGAUUGCUCCCUUGACCUAACAGGUCAGAGGAAGAAGAAAAAGGAAGAUGAGGAUGAAUCAUCAAAAGAAGAGAAAGAUCCUAUCAAGAAGGAGUUGAUCAAGAAAAUAGAGAAGAAAGGGAGUGAGGUGACUCUAUCUGGGCUUCUCAAUGUCAUUGAUGGCCUCUGGUCAGCUAUUGGAGAAGAAAAAAUCAUAAUUUUCACCACAAAUCACCUUGAAAAACUUGACCCUGCUCUGAUUAGGAGAGGGAGAAUGGACAGCCAUAUUGAGAUGUCUUAUUGCUGUUUUGAAGCCUUCAAGGUAUUAGCAAAGAACUAUCUCGAUAUGGAUACGGAAAAAGAUACCCAACCUCACCCUCUAUUUCCAGAAAUCAAGCGUUUGCUAGGGGAAACGAAAGUUGUGCCAGCUGACGUUGCUGAGAACAUGAUGCCUAAAUCUGCCGGAGAGAAAAUCGACACUCGUCUGGAGAGACUGGUUAAAUCUCUACAAGAAGCUGCAAAUGAUGAAUUGAAGAUGAAAUCUGAGGAAGAAAAGAGAAUCAAGGUUGCCAAGGAAGAGGAAGACAUACAGAAGAAACAAGAAGCUGAAGGCCCAAACAAAACAGAGGACUUGGCUAAAGAAAAUGGAGAUAUGAUGAAAACAGAUGCGCUGGUUCUAGAAAAUGGAAAUGCAUGUGAGGGGUGAUGAUAUUUGAAAGAAUCUUCACCUUGAGCUUGGCUUGGUGCUUCUUAGUAUUUUGCAAUAUUAGCUCUUGUACAAUACUACUACGUAUCUAUUAAUGGAUGGAGGACCAGGAUACAUGUAGGGAGAGUUUUAUGGUAUAGUAAAAUUCUCUCAAGUCUCAAAUCUACCCAAUUGAAUAAGUGAUGGUGAACUGAUUUUGGAGUAAAUUUGAGAUAGUUUUAGUGGUUUUAUGUCUAACCAUCUCCGGGCCUCUAACAUUAUCCAUCUACAAAUGCAUUC